GCAUGAAGAAGGGGUGAACUGCCAUAGAGGUUGAUCUCAAGAUGCCAUUAGUGAAAAGAAACAUCGAUCCUAGGCACUUGUGCCACACAGCACUGCCUAGAGGAAUUAAGAAUGAACUGGAAUGUGUAACCAAUAUUUCCUUGGCAAAUAUAAUUAGACAACUAAGUAGCCUAAGUAAAUAUGCUGAAGAUAUAUUUGGAGAAUUAUUCAAUGAGGCACAUAGUUUUUCCUUCAGAGUUAACUCAUUACAAGAACGUGUGGACCGUUUAUCUGUUAGUGUUACACAGCUUGAUCCUAAAGAAGAAGAAUUGUCUUUGCAAGAUAUAACCAUGAGAAAAGCUUUCCGAAGUUCUACAGUUCAAGAUCAGCAGCUUUUCGACCGCAGGACUUUGCCUGUUCCAUUACAGGAGACGUACGAUGUUUGUGAACAGCCUCCACCUCUCAAUAUACUCACUCCUUACAGAGAUGAUGGUAAAGAAGGUUUGAAGUUUUAUACCAAUCCUUCAUAUUUCUUUGAUCUAUGGAAAGAAAAAAUGUUACAAGAUACGGAGGAUAAGAGGAAGGAAAAGAGGAAGCAGAAGCAGAAAAAUCUAGAUCGUCCUCAUGAACCAGAAAAAGUGCCAAGAGCACCUCAUGACAGGCGGAGAGAAUGGCAGAAGCUGGCCCAAGGUCCAGAGCUGGCUGAAGAUGAUGCUAAUCUCUUACAUAAGCAUAUUGAAGUUGCUAAUGGCCCAGCCUCUCAUUUUGAAACAAGACCGCAGACAUAUGUGGAUCAUAUGGAUGGAUCUUACUCGCUUUCUGCCUUGCCGUUUAGUCAGAUGAGUGAGCUUCUGACGAGAGCUGAGGAAAGGGUCUUAGUCAGACCACAUGAACCACCUCCACCUCCACCAGUGCAUGGAGCAGGAGAUGCAAAACCCAUACCCACCUGUAUCAGUUCUGCUACAGGUUUGAUAGAAAAUCGUCCUCAGUCACCAGCUACAGGCAGGACACCUGUGUUUGUGAGCGCCGCCCCACCACCUCCUCCACCACCUCUUCCAUCUGCCUUGUCAACUUCUUCAUUAAGAGCUUCAAUGACUUCGACUCCCCCCCCACCAGUACCUCCCCCACCUCCACCUCCAACCACUGCUUUGCAAGCUCCAGCAGUACCACCGCCUCCAGCUCCUCUUCAGAUUGCCCCUGGAGUUCUUCACCCAGCUCCUCCUCCAAUUGCACCUCCUCUAGUACAGCCCUCUCCACCGGUAGCUAGAGCUGCCCCAGUAUGCGAGACUGUACCAGUUCACCCACUCCCACAAGGAGAAGUCCAGGGGCUGCCUCCGCCCCCACCACCGCCUCCUCUGCCUCCACCUGGCAUUCGACCAUCAUCACCUGUCUCAGUUGCAGCUCUUGCUCAUCCUCCCUCUGGGCUACAUCCAACUCCAUCUACUGCCCCAGGUCCCCAUGUUCCAUUAAUGCCUCCAUCUCCUCCAUCACAAAUUAUACCUGCUUCUGAGCCAAAGCGUCAUCCAUCAACCCUACCUGUAAUCAGUGAUGCCAGAAGUGUACUUCUGGAAGCAAUACGAAAAGGUAUUCAGCUACGAAAAGUCGAAGAGCAGCGUGAACAGGAAGCUAAACACGAACGCAUUGAAAAUGAUGUUGCCACCAUCCUGUCCCGCCGUAUUGCUGUGGAAUACAGUGAUUCAGAAGAUGAUUCAGAAUUUGAUGAAGUAGAUUGGUUGGAGUAAGAAAAAAUGUAUUGAUAAAUAUUACAAAACCGAAUGCAAAUGUCCUUUGUGGUGCUUGUUCUUUGAAAAUGUUUGGUCAUUCCAGUGUUUUGCUUUCUUUUCCUUAAGGUAAAUAACCCUUUUCCUCCAUAAUUUUUGAUUUCUAAGAAAAAUAUUAGCAUACAUUUCAAACUAAAUGUUUUACAGUGGCUUAUCUUUUUUUAUUUUUCCCUGAAAAGGCAUCAUUUGGUCAAAUAAACCACUAAGUAUUAAGCAUGGACAGCUGUUAUUAGAGUAGCUGAUUCAGUUUUUUGAUAUAUCUUAAUUGUGCACUUUGUGAAUUUUAAUUUAAAGAGAGCAACUGAGAUUAAAAAUCUUGAGGGCAGCUGUAUCUGUUAAUGAGCCUUAUUCCAUUUCCUGACGUUUUAAAAGAAGAAACACUACCUUUAUAUGAAUACACUCAGAAAGUACAUUUAGCUUGUAGUAUUGAAUUCUCUUAAAGGAAUGCUUGAAUUUUUAAUUAUUGUUUUAUUGUUUUAAAAUACUUGCCUUAUUUGAAUGUUUAGCAGUAUCCCCUUCCUACUUAUAUAUUGUGUGGUACAAUUUUGCUUGCCUAUAAGAGUUUAAAAAUUUUCCAUGUGAAAUACUCUGA